UCGCUGCGGCAGCAUUGGGAGAUCAAUCUGCUUUCGCGUUCUCUCCUCCCUCUCCUCUUCUCCGCCGUCUCGCUUCCUAGCACGCGCGCGGCGAGCUCGUCCUCUCCUUCCCGCGAGCACGUCCAAGCGGCUAGCGUCCUCUCCUGUGCGGCGGCGGCGGCGGCGGCGGCGUACUCUCGUUCGGAGGGGCGAUGCGGGUGGCCUCCUUCCGCGGCCUCCGUCUCUGCUAGAACCAAGCUGAAGCAGCCUGCAAGUAUUCAAAAAAAAAAAUGGCGCAUGAUGAAGCUAUUGCUACCCAGAAGACUGGGAAAACAAGUUCCCCUCCCAAGGACCAACCAACUCCAGGUCCAUUUCCUGAUUGGUCCGCUGUUCAGGCAUAUUAUGGCCCUGGUGUCUUACCACCAACAUAUUUUGCCCCGGCAAUAGCUCCAGGACAUGCUCCUCCACCAUAUAUGUGGGGCCCUCAGCCUAUAAUGCCACCCCAUUUCGGGACCCCAUAUGCUGCAAUGUACCCACAUGGUGGAGCUUACCCACAUCCCCUUAUGCCCAUGAUGGCAAAUCCAUUGAGCAUGGAACCAGCCAAAUCUGCGAACAGUAAGGAGAAAGGCUCCAACAAAAAACUUAAGGAAGUUGAUGGGGCUGCAGUAUCCACUGGGAGUGGUGACAGUAAAAGAACAAUGACAUCCAGUGGGGAUUACAGUGCAGAAGGUUCUAGUGAUGUAAAUGAUGUGAAGGUGGGCAAGACUGCCAAAAAACGAAGAUCGGAUGAUGGAGCUGGCGCAGAAACAACAGCAGCUGCGAAGAUGGAAAAUGCUUUAGCUCCCAGCCAUAUAUUGGGAAGUACUGCUAUUAUGCCAAAUCACUGCUUUCCAGCUCAAGUAAUUAAGCCCACUGCUACUAAUGUUGCUAAUUCGAGGGCAUUGGGCACACCAAUAUCUCCACAGCCUGCUGUUAUUGUUCCAAGUCAGGCAGGAGUGUCGACUGAACUAUUGAACAAGGAUGAAAGGGAAUUAAAGCGGGAGAGGAGGAAGCAAUCAAAUAGGGAAUCUGCCAGACGAUCAAGGCUGAGAAAGCAGGCUGAGACAGAGGAUCUGGCUACACAAGUAGAAUCACUUACAGCAGAGAACACAUCACUUAGAUCUGAAAUCAGCAGGUUAUCAGAAAACUCCGAGAAGCUCAGACUAGAGAAUUCAGCUCUAAUGGGGAAGCUCAAGGACCCUGCAGCAUCGACCCACGCAGAAACAUCUCUGCCCAAAACAACCACAGCCUCCUCUCCUCGCGUCGUGGAGAAUUUUUUGUCGAUGAUCGACAACACGAACAAGACGAAUGUCAGGCACACGGAGCAUGGUGAACCGAAGCUUCGACAACUCCUUGGCAAAAGCCCGGCCACUGAUGUUGUUGCUGCAAGCUAAUCUGCCUUUUCCCUGGCACAGAGGAGACACUAAUACACGCAUGCGGCCCUGGGGUUUUGCAAGCUCAUGCUACUCACAUAACAUCGGCAGUUCAGUGUUAGGUAUCAAUUCGGUCGGUAUUUUCAGGUGACCAUCUACUACUCGAAAUACCGUUUCCAAUUGCUGCUCCCUGCAUCAGGCAUGGAAGCUUGCUAGCUGAGACCAAUGUACCACGUUUUAUCAGUGUUGUAUGUUGUAACAUAGGGGUGUUGUGCUCCAUGCCAACCUCAAACCUUGUAUGAUCGCUAAACCGUUUUUAGUGUAAAAUAAUUGAAAUUCGUGGAGAAAGACCAAACUAAA